ACGGACCUCGAUUUAUAUCAGUCACAUUUACAUUUUAUUCUCAGUUCAAGAUCACGGUUAGCAUUUGAAAGACUUCAAAAUGUCCAUGCUGGAGAAUGAAGUAACGUUUCGUAGUCGAACGGAAUUCAAUCAACAUCUGGAGGCACAAUUUAACAACUCAUCCACAGAGUUUAUAAUGAUCACAGAUCAUCGUACCUCCAAAUAUAAGAGUCUCGAACAAUUGGAAGCUGCCAAGCAGGAGAAUGAUUCUACGGAUUCCUGUUGCAAUCGUUAUGCCAAAAAUAUCUGUCGCAUGAAGACAUUGAAGAAGAGGCUGCCCAUUUUUAGCUGGCUGCCUAAAUAUAACAGAAGCGAUGCCCUUGGCGAUCUUAUAGCAGGUCUCACUGUAGGCCUUACGGUCAUUCCCCAAGGUCUUGCCUAUUCGGGCGUUGUGGGAUUGCCCGCUCAGUACGGUCUGUACGGUUCAUUUAUGGGCUGCUUUAUCUAUGUGCUGUUGGGCACCUGUAAGGAUUGCACCAUUGGCAGCACGGCUGUUGCCUCAUUGAUGACAUAUCAGUUUGCCAAGGGAUCCUGGCAGCAUUCCGUACUCCUCACCUUUAUAACUGGCUUCAUAGAAAUAUUGAUGGCCGCCUUUAAACUUGGAUCCCUUGUGGAGUUCGUCUCAGGACCUGUGAGUGCCGGAUUUACAAGUGCCGUUGCUCUAAUCGUCUGCACCUCGCAGAUGAAAUAUAUUCUGGGCGUGAACAGCGAUGGAGUGUCCUUUCUUCAAAGAUGGAUCAGCAUGAUACGGGAUAUUGGCAAUAUACGACUGGCGGAUAGUUGUCUGGGUUGUGGUUGUGUGAUCCUAUUGCUGCUGAUGCGUUAUCUGGGCAGACAGAGCAUUGGACCCAAAGAUGGUUCACAAUGCAACAAAUUGCAAAUGGGCAUAAAUCAUCUAAUCAAGUUUAUAGGCAUCUCAAGAAAUGCUACAGUGGUGAUUGUCGCAACGUUGAUGGCCAUGCAACUAGAGGCGAGUGGCAGGAAUCCCUUUGUACUGACUGGUUAUAUACCACCUGGAUUGCCAUCCCUUGCACUGCCACCGUUUUCCAUUGAAGCACAACCAGGCAAUGCCACGGCAGGCAUUCCUGCCGUGAAAGGAGAAACCUUUCUAGAGAUGGUUCAGAGUUUGGGAUACGGUUUGAUCAUUGUGCCCCUUAUAGCGCUCCUGGAGAAUGUCUCCGUCUGCAAGGCCUUCGCCAAGGGCAAACAAAUUGAUAUCACACAGGAGAUGAUUGCCACAGGUGUGGCCAACAUUGCCAACUCCCUGUUUUGUGGCUAUCGAAGCAACAGUGGAUUAGCUCGCUCUGCUAUCAACAAUGCCAGCGGCUGUCGCACCAGCAUGUCCAAUUUCUACAUUGGCCUUGUCGUCGUCUUGGCUCUCAGCUUUCUCACCGAAUACUUCUCUUUCAUACCCAGAGCUGUGCUCGCUGCGAUUCUUAUUUCGGCGGUAAUCUUCCAGGUGCAAUACCAGAUCAUCUUGCCCAUGUGGAGGAGCAAACGAUCGGAUCUAGUGCCUGGUAUUCUCGCUUUUAUAACGUGCCUCGUGCUGCCACUGGAAAUUGGCAUCCUGGUGGCCAUUGCAGCCAAUCAAUUAUUUAUACUCUAUCACUCGGCACGGCCCAAGGUCACAUUGGAGCAACUGGAGACGGAGCAGGGCAUUCACUUUAUUAAGAUAACACCCGAUCGUUGUCUGAUCUUUCCCUCUGUGGAGUUUUUGCGCAACAUGGUGCUCAAAUCUGGCAGCAAAUCCACAUUACCCGUUGUCAUUGAUUGCACUUACAUUUUUGCAGCUGAUUUCACCGCCGCCAAAGUCAUCUCGUCCAUGGUUGAUGACUUUCGUCGUCGCCAGCAAAAGAUAAUAUUCUUUAACCUGAAACCUAGCGUUGUUAGCAUCUUUGAGGGCUUGAAUACUCGCCUGGUGCUUUGCUAUAACAUGUAUGCUCUCAACCAGGAACUACAUUCAAGUGGACAAUUCACUCAAUCUGUGGAGUCCUUAGAUCAAGCUGAGGAUGGAAAUGCUACGGAUUGUGUAAGCAUGGCCAGCACACUAUCCCUAGCAAAAAAUAACUAAAUUUUAACUAAACUAAUCAACAACUAAUCAUUAAAAACAUAUUACAUAAAAAAAAGAAAAAACCGAUUUUUAAAGCAAAACAAAUUAUCUGUGGCAUAAAUAAAGUUCUCAGCCUUUUAAAAA